CAUGUGGAGCUAGAAAUGCUGUCAUGGACAGCCAAUGAAGACCGUCAAACUUACUUGAUAUGGAUUGGAAGGCAUCUCCACACAAGGGCUCAUUUUCCUCAUUUGACAUCUCAAUCUAUAAAUACCCCCAAGGGCUCUUCCUCGUCUCCACACAGUACUACCCUCUCUAGUUCUGCAACUCCAGCCAAUCCUACUAAACAAUCUUUACUAGUACUUCCCAUUUCCUCCUUUCCGAAUUCUGACAAGAAGAUGGGUGUCAUCUGCUUCACCCAAGAGUUCACUACCCCAAUCACACCGGCCAGGAUGUUCAAGGCUCUGAUCCUCGACUCCCACAACAUCAUCCCCAAGCUCAUGCCUCAAGGCAUCAAGAGCAUUGAGUUCGUCGAGGGAGAUGGAGGCGCUGGCAGCAUCAAGCAGACCACCUUCCCCGAAGGUGGUCAUUUCAAGCACUUGAAGCACAGGAUCGACACCCUCGACUCUGAGAACCUUGUUUGCAAGUACACACUGAUCGAGGGCGACGUCAUAUUUGACAGGCUUGAGAAGGUUGUCUACGAAGUCAAGUUUGAGGCCUCCAGCACUGGCGGAUGCGUAUGCAAGAUGACCAGCGAAUACCAUACCAAGGGAGAUAUGGAGCUCAAGGAAGAGGAGAUCAAGCACGGCAAAGACAAGGCCAUGGGACUAUACAAGGUGGUCGAGGAAUACCUCGUGGCGAAUCCUGACGUCUAUGCCUAAAAUAUUUGAUGUCUAUGCUAAAUGUGCAAUAUUCAUUUCUCAAUCGGUGUGAUUUUGUGUGAUUGAUUUCGCCUCUCUAGUUUUGAGGGAUUGUUUUUAUUCAAUAAAUAAUCUGGGGAUGAAAUUCAGAUU